GCCUCGUCGUGGGCACCAGACAGAACUGAACCUCGGUAUACUGCUGUGCUACUUGUGGGAGAGCUUUCGGUGCAAGUUUUGGGCGUUUGGCAGCUUUCUGUGCGAAGAACCGAAUCUGCCUCGCGUCAGGGCUCCUAUACGCGGAGCAACUCGGUCCAGCAGCCGCAUCACCAAGCCCAGCAUGGUCCGUGGUUUCCGCGCCUCGUGCGGCAAAGGCGUGCACGGCAAAGAAGCAGCAGCAGAAGGGGAGCUUCGGCGGUGCUUCGCGUGUGACCGUCUGGGUAGCCGCGACGGGUGCUCGACAAGGUGGCAACACGUGGGGGACUCGCAAACAUGGGCGCUGCUGGGUGAAGUGGUCUGCGAGUGUUGGGUCAGGCUGGCGUCACGAUCGCGAUCUUCAACAGAACCCUCUCCGGGUGGGUGAGUGCAUCUGUUCCCGCACGGACUGCGUACUUGGUUUGUACAAGAAGUACGUGUGGAGGCGCCAGAGGGAAGAAAAAGAACCUUUGCACAAAAUGGAGGUCGGACAGCGGUCGCCGAUGGGCCGGUAUCCCUCGACGGGCUCUCAGGUCGGCUUCGGUACAACCAAGCACUGA